AUGUUGACUUUUGGUGUUCGAACUGGACUGGAUCUGGAUCUGGCCCUCUUCUGCUCAGGUAUGUCGUUUCUCCCUCGUGCUUUCCAUGCCUGGAUGAGUUAUGGGCUGAUGGGUGCUGGCAGUGGCAAAGUUUGGGGGUGCAGGUUUUCUCCGCUGAAUCCUCUGGUUUGUAUGAUGAGACUGAUCAAAAUUUUAAAAAAACACUCUGUAAGUCAGAACUUGUUAAGAGGUGUUCCACUGGUGGUAAUUUGGAGAUUAUGGAGGGAGCGAUGCAGAAGGGUCUAUGAAGAUAGCUCACUCUCGGCCUAUGCUGUGUUUCUAGAUAUCUGCUCCACUCUGCGUCUUCAGGCUUAUGGCGUUAGACCCAAAGAUAAGGAAGGCAUGAUUGGUAUGGAAUUCUUGAGGGCAUUAAAGCUGAUUUUCUUUCCAACUGGUUCUCUCUGUGAUGUGGUGCUUUCAGUUUGGAGGACUCUGCUGGUUUCCCUUGUUCCUGCUGGUUUUUCAGGCAACAUCUGUUUCUUUAAUGCUGUUGUGGGGGUUCUCAUGUUGCUUUUCUGCUGCUUGUUGUCUGGAUGCACUGUUCAUGUGAACUGCUUCGCGAUUGCUGCAGAUUGUCUCUUCCAGCUGAUCUCAGUUGAUGUUGGUAUUUCACGGUUCUGUUCAGCAGCAUUUCUUCUCUGUCCAAGUCCACUGCUCACCGGGAUCCCAGCUGCUUUCUCUUAUGGUGUUACUGCUGCCUUUUCUGAUGAAUUUCAGCUGCCUCUGCUCUCACCCUUUGCAGCUGCUUUUCAUGCGUCUGUUCACCUGAUUACAGCUGGAAUUUCAGCUGCUGUUCAACUGGAUUAA